GUUUGUCCCUUUUGAACAUUUUAGCACACAAAUGUUUUUCCCCUAGUUAAUCUGUACACCUGCUAUGGCCUGAUAGAGCGUUUCUCUGUCUCUCUCACUCUUCCUCUCUCUCUGUGGCUUUGCCAGAAAUCCAUGAGGUUCAGUCCUGAUGCCACAGUAUGGGUUGCUAAGCAGCAGAUCCUGUGUACACUCACACAGAGUCUGAGGGAUGUGCUCAACUACGGGCUCUUCCAGCCAGCGGUGGACGGGCGGGAGAGUGGUUUCCUGGAGGAAGAACGACCCCUGAGAGACUAUCCGCUAUCCACCAAUAAAGGCGUUCCAACCCUUGAGUUCCGUUACAAGAGCAGAGUGUACCAGCAGCCAAACGUCAACGAAAAGCAAAUAGAAAAACUCCACACACAGGUCAACCUGAGGAAAUUUAUGGAUUAUAUCCAGCAUCAUCAAGUGGACAAAGUCUCCAAGAUGUUGGAGAGAGGGUUGGACCCCAACUAUCAUGACCCUGAAACUGGUGAGACACCACUAACCCUUGCUGCCCACCUGGACAAUAUGGUGGAGAUUAUAGUGACAUUGAAAAACGGCGGGGCUCAUUUAGAUUUCCGCUCUCGGGAUGGGAUGACUGCCCUGCACAAAGCAGCCAGGGCAAAGAACCAGAUAGCUCUUAAGACUAUGUUGGAUUUGGAAGCGUCUCCAGACUAUAAGGACCGGCAGGGCUUGACUCCACUCUACCAUACAGUGACUGUAGGGGGAGACCCGAGCUGCUGCGAGGUCCUACUGCGUGCCCAUGCCAGCGUCGGAUGCCAUGAUGAGAACGGCUGGCACGAGAUCCACCAGGCUUGUCGAUACGGCCACAUCCAGCACCUGGAGCAUCUCUUGUUCUACGGAGCCGACAUGCAUGUGGAAAAUGCAUCUGGGAAUACGGCUCUCCAUAUCUGCGCUCUGUACAGACAGGAAAAGUGUGCCAGGGUUCUUCUGGUUCGCGGAGCCAGCAAAGACGUCAAGAACUACCGAGGACAAACGCCCUUUCAGGUGGCAAUAAUUGCUGGAAAUUUUGAGCUUGCGGAAAUCAUAAAGAAUCACAAAGACGCUGAUAUUGUGCCUUUCCGGGAGGCACCGGCAGGCACGGGUCGGAGCAGGCCGCUGCAGCACCAGGGUAGGAGCACUCUUGCCGCCCCACGUGUGCUGCUCCGCUCCAACAGCGACAACAACCUGAACGUCAACAAGUUACCGCUGGACCGCUCUCGCUCGCCCUCUCCUGCCGCUUCCCCCCUGCACAGCCUCUCGCCCCGACACCCCCAGCAGAUGCAGAACAGCCCCAAUGGCACGGUGAAGACCAUGGCCCGGGGGGGACGCUCCGCCCGAAGCCGUUCCCCUUCCCUGGGCCGGCUGGGGGAGGGAGACGCACGGAGACAGACCCCUCAGCGCCACAGCAGGGAUGUCUUCUCCGGCAUGGACACUCCAGGGUCCAAACGCAAGCUUUACAGUGCUGUGCCAGGAAGACACUAUAUGGUGGUAUAUAUAUAUAUAUAUAUAUAUAUAUAUUUGCUGACUUUCUCAUACGUAGUUCUCAGUAUUGGAGAAGGAGGAUUCUGGGAAGGCAGUGCCCGAGGGAAUGUAGGCUGGUUCCCAGCAGAAUGCGUGGAAGAGAUCCCAAGCAAACCCAACGAGGACAGACCCUAUGCCCGGGCAGACCGAUCAGAGAGAAGGAAGCUCUUUCGACACUACACUGUGGGGUCUUAUGACAGUUUUGAUGCAUCAAGCGACUGCGUUAUCAACGAAAAGACGGUCGUGCUGCAGAAGAAGGAUAACGAGGGAUUCGGGUUCGUGUUGAGAGGGGCGAAAGCGGAUACUCCCAUUGAGGAGUUCACUCCGACCCCGGCGUUCCCUGCCUUGCAGUAUCUGGAGUCUGUGGAUGAGGGAGGAGUGGCAUGGAAAGCUGGCUUGAGGACUGGAGACUUCCUCAUCGAGGUGAAUCAGGACAAUGUCGUCAAAGUGGGCCACAAACAAGUUGUCAACAUGAUUCGUCACGGUGGCAACCACUUAAUUAUCAAAGUGGUGACGGUCAGUCGAAAUCUAGACCCUGAUGACACGGCUCGAAAGAAAGCGCCAGCGCCACCACGGAGGGCUCCCUCCACAGCCUUGUCCAUGCGUUCAAAAUCUAUGACCUCAGAGCUAGAAGACCUAGUGGAUAACGCCACUUUGAGGAAAAAGAAGGAUAAAGUGGAUGAGGUUGUGCCCCCCCAGAAACCCAUGUGGGACAACUCAAAUGCAGAUGUGAGGGUGGCGGCAGUCAAACCACGUCCGACUAGCAAGUGUCUUGCUGUCAGCCCUGAAAUUAAUUCUCUCUGCAAUAGUCAGGAUACAGCAGUAGACUCGCCACAACAGCCAGGGAGUCCUAGAGGCCCCUUCCUGGGUUUACCAAAAGGAACCAUACGGCGGCAAACAUCUAUAGGAGUAACCGAAGAAGAGAAGCAGUUCCUUACUCCUCCAAUGUUGAAAUUUACAAGAAGCCUUUCAAUGCCUGACACAUCAGAGGAUAUUCCACCUCCACCAGCCAUCUCCCCUCCAUCUCCACCUCAUAAUAAUGCUCCUGUCCCAGCUGGUCGAGGAUACGGCACCAUCAGACCAGGCUUUACUUCACAGAGUCCUAAUGCAAACAGCACAGCCCCAGACAGAGGUGAAGGUGCUGGUUGGAGAGAUCAGGGCAUGUAUUACAGUGACAGUCCAGAACAGUACGAUUCCGAGGGGUACAAUCACAGCCCAACGGCCCAACAGUGUCUUCAUAUGCGCCGUGCCCAAGUUCCUGAGAACCCUUACUCCGAUUUAGGCAAGAUGGGUCAAGCUGGACUGUUUGUGCCCAACAAGCCUGCCAGAAGGAAGGGAAUGCUUGUCAAGCAGUCCAACGUAGAAGACAGUCCUGAGAAAACUUGCUCCAUCCCGAUUCCGACCAAUAAAGAGCCCUCCACCAGCAGCAGCGGUAAGAGCAGUCAAGGUAGCAGCAUGGAAAUUGAGACGACCACACCGGAUCACCCAGGACAACUCCGUCCUGAAGAUGGCUUAAAUCUUGGCAGUCCUUUUGCAACUGCCAUUGCCGGUGCAGUUAGAGACAGGGAGAAAAGGCUUGAUGCUCAUCGCAACUCCCCAUCUUUUAAGUCCACAGAUGCAGGUGAUGAGGACGUGGUGCCUACACCAGCCCCACGUCUCAGACACUCCAAGUCUAUUGAUGAGGGCAUGUUUAGCAGCGAUGAGCGGCUGCGUAGGCUCAUGGCACCUCCCUCAUCACUACUUGGCAUCCCUAGAGGUGGUGGCAAUGUGACGGACUUCAACAGCCCUGAGCCCACCAUGGUAAGGGAACUUCUGAACACUCGUACAGGACACAGCCCGAUCAGUCUGCCUGCUCAUAAGACCUACAGCUCAGGAAGUGGGAAUUAUGUUCACCCGGUAACAGGCAAGCCACUAGACCCCAAUUCACCAUUAGCUUUAGCGUUAGCUGCCAGAGACAGAGCCAUGAGGGAGCAAUCACAGCCUCUUCCUCUAAAGAGUGACCCAUCCAAACUUGAUCUCAAUAAACCUCUUUUUAUUGACACAAAGCUUAGACCAAAUGUGGAGGUUGGCUUCUCAAGUACUGCUACCAUGGGCCGUCCCCGCAGGGGCCUGCGGAGGCAGAUGACGGAGUCCAAAUAUGAGACUGAAUCCAAGUAUCAGCUCGAUCUGGGCAAGCCUGAGAAGAGGCCUGAGGAGAAGAAGAACAUGCUGAUUGACAUUGUGGACACUUCUCAGCAGAAGUCAGCUGGCCUGCUGAUGGUACACACCACAGAUGGGGCAAAAUCGGAGGAUAACAGCUUGUCUGAAGGCGACAGGGACGAGGCAGUGAGUCCCGACAACACCCCUGGGGAGCUUCGCGACCCCAACCAGCCAGCUCCCACCAACCCCCCAGCUCCUAAGGCGCUAUCAGCUGCUCCACAUGGCAAGACCAUCAUAACUGUUAGCUCAGUGGAUGAGCCUGUCAAGCUGCCCUUCGGCAUCCCUCCACCGCCCUUGGCUUCUGUCGACAUCGAUGAAGAGUUUGUUUUUGCUGAACCCCUACCACCCCCACUGGAGUUUGCCAACAGUUUUGACAUUCCUGAAGACCAGGCGGGGACUAUAGCUGAACUGCUCAAACAGAAAACAAAUGGUACAAAAGGACCUUCUCUUGCUCCCUACUAUCCCCCGUUAGGUGGUGGGAAUUCCGAAAUCAAAAGACCAACGGUCCUCACAAACUGCACACCUCCCAGCUUCCAUCCAGGGCCGCUAGAGCCCUAUGAACAAAUCACUGACUCGGGCAUUGAGGUAGACAGCCGGAGCAGCGGUGACCCCCAACUCGAGACCACCAGCACCAUCUCUACUGUGUCCAGCAUCUCAACCUUGUCUUCUGAAGGAGGCGAGACUCUGGACACAUGCACUGUCUAUGCAGAUGGACAAGCCUUUCUGGUGGACAGGUCUCAAAUCCUGUCAAAACCAAAACCCAAACCUGCCAUCAAGAGCAAUGCACUUUACAAGGACGCUUUGCCUGAGGAGAACAUGAGCUCUUUCAGAAUGCCCUCCUCUGUCCCACCUCCGCCCCCUGGAUCAAUUCCACCAGAACCCUUGAAAACCCCAACGCAACGAACCUCAAAGCUGUGGGGAGACCCUCCGGAGAUGAAAGGAUCCCAUGGCCCAGAAGCCAAUUCAGUUCUGCAGCAUGUGAACAAGGACAAAGCACCAAAGCCAGGGGAAGCAUUAGACUCUCCGACAGGAUCCAGGACUCACUUCGGAACGAGAAAUCAGGAUGGUGUAUCCCUCAUCUCAGGUACACAGCAGAACACCACCGUUACCUUCACUGCCCAGCCUGGCCCCAACGUGCCUGCCCCGUCGCCGUGCCGACAGGCCGAGAGCCUGCCUCCCCACCACCACACCCCGAGCCCUAUCCUGUCCCCGCCGGACUCUGGUCUCAGCUGUGCCUCUUCCCUUCCGACCUCAGCCACUUCCCCCACCAUGACGGACGUAUUUGGUCUGCCCACACCACCCCUCAGCCUGGGCACGGGGCGUAGCCGCUCCCCUUCUCCGCUCACCCUUAUCCAGGCUGCAUCGAACAAGCCCUUUGCCACCAAAACCAUCCUCAUGUGGAGCAAACAGGACGUGGCCGACUGGCUUGAGAGCCUGAACCUGGGCGAGCACAGGGAUGCCUUUAUGGACAAUGAUAUCGAGGGCAGCCACUUGCCCAACCUGCAAAAGGAGGAUCUGAUCGACUUGGGCGUGACUCGUGUGGGUCACAGAAUGAACAUCGAGCGAGCGCUGAAAGUCCUCUUGGACAGAUGAGACUGGGCAGAUGUCCUCACCAGGACUCCGCGCAUCUUGUUCAUAAGCUUCUUUUUCCCUCUUCCCUUAUUUCAGUUCACUAAUUUGAACACUUUGUUGUCCUAUCAUGCUUUCGGUGGAUUUUAGGAACUCUCACAUCCUGAAGAAACUCGAGCGUUCAAAAUAUCCGCGUAAGCACAAGCGGUUCCCUGUGUUUCUGUUCCAAGAGCUCCGGCACCAGAGAGGACAUUGAAGCCAACACACUGUAUGGAAACUACAAACAUGAGCUGACUAUCCUUUGGCUUUUAAGGACUUUGGCCUCCUUUGAAUGCACUGAAACCAGCAGAGCUGGGGAUCCAUUUUCUAUCUUUGCUAAGACCAUUCUACAGAGAAUAUUUCUUCAGGAAAAAAGGGAACCUUUGUCUAUGUAUCAGCUGCCUAUGAAAUAAAUAUCUUGCUUUUUUUUCCUCCUACACCUUUGACCAAGAGGUACAUGAAUCUCGGAGAUGUGAUCAGCGGGCAUUUAGAUGUCCCUCAGUUCAUUCCCUGACAGUCCUAGAAGGGCCGUGGUCACUUGAAAACACAGAGGUCAAAUCUCCCUACAUGUGAACAAACGUAACCGUAGCAAGCAAAAGGUCUCUCCACCAUUUUGAAUCUUCAAGUCUCGUAAUACGCUAACAUUGGAUGUUUGUCUGAAUGAUCAACAAUUCUCUUGGGUCUCUUUGAAUUGUGGUUUACUAUUAGGUGUCUUCCAUACGGUAAGGAGGUCUACGGCAUUCCCACCAACAUUUUAUUUGUACCUUUAGUCAACACUAGUUUUGCGCUGUUGCUUAGCGUUGCUAGUCAGUAUUAAUUUCCAGCAGGUUUGAUUUGGAAUAAUGGGUCUUCACAGGAACACAUAAGAUCUGAAAUAUUGAGGUUUAGUUUCAUGGGUGAAUGGAAAAUAAUUGAAGUAUAAACUGACAAUUCUGCUUUGUCAAAUUUGACAGCUUUGUGUUGAACGCUGACACAAUCACUCUGAAAGGGCCAGUAUGUAUUUGUCUUUUGCUUUAAAAAUGUGAAUUCUUCUUUUAAUAAUUUAUUUUUAUGUACUGUAUUUAUUUUUUGUAAUUAUAAUUAGCUAAAUCAUUUGAUUGUUGGGUGGUAAAAAGGAACGUACAGAAAACUACAGGAAACCUCCUUAAUCUAUACAUAUCAAUGUCGUCAAUUGUAACUAAUACAGGACUUCAUAUUUGUAAAUUGUUGAGUAGUUUGAUUUAAAUUUUAUUUGGACUUUUUUGUUUUGUUUUUUGCAACUAAACCUGCAACUGUCUACAACAAAUUUUUAAGCGAGAUCACAAAGUGUAAACUUUCAUUUUCCUGUUUAAUCAAAAAUCAAAGUGCUUCUACUUGUCCUUUUCAUUUUAUGUCCUGCAAUCCUUUUGCUUUGCUCAACAAUUGGAAGAAAUUAUAAUUUUGCUGUCUCACUACGUUAUUAAUUUAAACAUGUAACUGCAAUGUGUGCCUAUUCCUGUUACAGUUUGACACACCACAACAUAUCUAGGUCAUCUGAAGUUUAGUUGUGAUCUUCUCAUUGUUAGACACAUUUCUCAGAGAUUUAUCAAUUUCAUCAUACUAUGUGAAAAAAUCCCACAGGUAUGAAAUCGGACUAGAUAUAAUAUUCAUAUUUGUGAUUAAAACAUCACAGAGACACGAAGCAACAGCCAGCAUUAUACAUUUCACCUUCAGUAUUAAAUUCAAAGCACUGUGGGUAACGUCAGAACUGAGGGAAAGGUGAUAAAUGAAAUAGAGAAUGGCUGUGAAUGAAAUGAAGUUAUGGCCGUUUAAAGUAUGCAGUGAAGAGAUUCAGAAAUAAAUUAUAUAUAUGUUUGCUUAUCUCUCGACCUUAGAGGAGUUAGAGUUAUCAUCUCUAUAUAUCUUAUUUUAGGAAACAGCACAGUAUUUUAAAGAUUUAUAUAAAUAUUUAUUAAAUUUUUAUGACAUUUAACUCUAAUAUGUGGUGUGCCAAAAAUCUAUGUGGUAUCAGUUGAGAAGCAAUACACAAAUUUAAAGAACACUGUUUGGUCUUUCUUUGCCAGUAUUCCACAGUACAGUAUAUAAUAUUAUGAACUUUACAUAUACAUAGGUCUCAGUGAAUUAGAAGAUAUGAAAAAUAAUGAGAUAAUGGCUGUCACCUGCUUCUUUUAGAUUAUGUAAUUAAAGAAAGAAGUUCAAAUGUAGAUUUGUGUGGUGUGUAUACUUGAAAAACAAAACGAGCACAUAUUUUAGGCCACUUUUGAUGCGGUCACAUUUAGAUACUGUUGCUCGGAAAUUUCGCGGGCGAAAUGCAGUCAUGUCAAUAGCUGUCAAGCCGCAUUUACUUACAAGUGUGAGUCUCGAAAUAGCCCGUCCACACAGCAGCUUACAAUAGAGGCUCGAAUACUGUCUGCAGGAACGUGUAACUUAAGUCAAUAUUUGUGAAUAUCAACUUACAAUGACUAAAGUUAAUAUAUGAGACGACGACAUUUGACACGACAAAACGACCUGACCACUAAACUGUUGGGAACAGCUCAGAUGGAGGACGGUGAUUGGAUCUAAACUUCACGCGUCACACAACUGAGCUCAUAUAUCUGUAUCUCUGUGAGUUACCGAAACUACACAUGAAAACACGCUCAGUACGGUUUCGUUCGCACAGCAGGUGUGGGAUUCACCAAAAGUCCUGAAAAUUUACAACAUGACCAAAAUGUGCGUGAACGCAUUGAUUACUAAAAUAUAGUACUGACAACCGUAUUCUGCUGCUGCGUGAACGUGGCCUUUACUGGAAUGUGUGAGAACAGCCGCAUCGCUACAUAACUGACAAUUUUUUACCAUUUUAUACCUUUUUGCCCACUAAAUUUCGCUGAAAUAUCGCUAAUGUGACCGCACUUUUACACCAUACGAUAACUGCAAACUGACACUUUAUUUUUCUGGCAAAUGACAGUGGUAGCACUGAAUCGUUGUGUACGCAGAAUUCGAUUUUGAAACCCCAUUUUAUAUGAAGACACGCAGAAGUUUCCAGUAGGUCCUGACUUAGAGUUGGACUACAAGUUCUGUUUCUUUUUCAUAGUUGUCUCUCACACACUUCUUGUGAGGAAUGCAUUCACUUGAUCUAUGUUGCUGUAAUUUUGUGCUUAACUACAAUACAUGAUUAAAAUCAAAGAGAAGUUUUUGUGACUGCACCUUCCUCCAAAUCCCUCGAUACUUAUGUAUUUGAAACAACCAAAAUUUACGGGACGAAUAAACAUG